AGCAGCUGCCGCUGGCUCAGCUCGCGCUGGGGAGGGAACGGAGCAGGAGAAGCAGAGCACCGGCUAGCCGGAGACAGCGGCCUAGGCUACACCGCCCGCUGGAGAGCGCCGGGAGCGGCUCCCACCCUCCCCUAGAGGGGGCAGUUAACGACCCCCAGGGCAGCUACGCCCCCUAGAGGAGACAGGGCAUUUCAGACCCCUCAGAGGAGAGCGGGGGUGAUAAAUUACCUUAUUACCCCUCGUAGCAGCGAAAGGGACAAUUACUGUCCGUCUGAGGAGAAAAGGGGACAGCUCAAUUCCUUCCCCGCGCGCCCCACAGUGCCGGUGGGGGCGGUUGUUACGCUAGCACCCCCCCGCAGUAACUCUCGGCAUUGGCCUGGCGUCUGAGAGAAGGGAGUGAUUUUGUCUCGUGGCCCCCAAACGGCUCCCGGAGAAGGAGGUGCAGCGGAGCCCCUUGCUUAGCUCAGGGCGAGGAAGGGGGCGGUUGUGUUCCCUCAGGGGCGUGCGGGGUGGGGGCGAGUCCCCCGCCGGUACGGAGCGAAGGGGGGUGCAGGUGCUGUGACCGUAGAGGCGCGCUCCUCGGAUCCCUAUUGUUGUCUAGGUCUAUGCUGAUAAUCACCCGGGGGCGGUUGGGGACCCAUAGGGGGAGAGAGAGAGGCACCGAGCGGGCUGAGUGGAGGGCUUGCUGCUGCUGUUCCUGCUGCUGCUGAGAAGAAGGAAACGGAGGAGAGACACCAUUUGCCGGCCCGGCCAUGGAGAACGCUCACACCAAGACGGUGGAGGAAGUUUUGGCUUAUUUCGGCGUGAACGAGAGCACUGGGCUCAGCCUGGAGCAAGUCAAGAAGCUCAAGGAGAGAUGGGGCGCCAACGAAUUACCAGCUGAAGAAGGAAAAUCCUUACUUGAGCUUGUGAUUGAACAGUUUGAAGACUUAUUAGUUAGAAUUUUGUUGUUGGCAGCUUGUAUAUCUUUUGUUUUGGCCUGGUUUGAAGAAGGUGAAGAAACAAUCACAGCAUUUGUAGAACCUUUUGUAAUCUUACUUAUAUUAGUAGCUAAUGCAAUUGUGGGUGUGUGGCAGGAAAGAAAUGCUGAAAACGCUAUUGAAGCUCUUAAAGAAUAUGAACCUGAAAUGGGCAAAGUAUAUCGACAAGACAGAAAAAGCGUACAAAGGAUUAAAGCAAGAGACAUUGUCCCUGGUGAUAUUGUGGAAGUAGCUGUUGGUGACAAGGUUCCUGCUGAUAUAAGACUUUCUUCUAUCAAAUCUACAACUCUAAGGGUAGACCAAUCAAUUCUGACAGGUGAAUCUGUAUCUGUCAUUAAGCAUACUGAUCCUGUGCCUGAUCCACGUGCUGUGAACCAAGACAAGAAGAACAUGCUUUUCUCUGGUACUAACAUUGCUGCUGGUAAAGCUAUGGGAGUGGUUGUAGCAACAGGAGUGAACACUGAAAUUGGCAAAAUUCGUGAUGAGAUGGUAGCUACUGAACAGGAGAGAACACCACUCCAACAGAAACUGGAUGAGUUUGGAGAGCAGCUGUCCAAAGUCAUCUCACUCAUUUGCAUUGCUGUCUGGAUAAUCAACAUAGGUCACUUCAAUGAUCCAGUUCAUGGUGGCUCCUGGAUUCGAGGCGCUAUCUACUACUUUAAAAUUGCUGUUGCUCUUGCUGUUGCUGCUAUCCCUGAGGGUCUGCCUGCUGUUAUUACCACAUGCUUGGCCCUAGGAACCCGCAGAAUGGCCAAGAAGAAUGCUAUUGUUAGAAGUCUGCCAUCCGUUGAAACGCUGGGUUGCACGUCUGUUAUUUGUUCUGAUAAGACUGGUACUCUCACAACCAACCAGAUGUCAGUUUGCAGGGUAUUCGUCCUGGACAGAGUAGAAGGAGAUACAUGUUCCCUGAAUGAAUUUACUGUAACAGGAUCAACAUAUGCUCCCAUGGGAGAAGUGCAUAAAGAUGACAAACUUGUUAAAUGUUAUCAAUAUGAUGGCCUUGUAGAACUAGCAACGAUCUGUGCACUUUGUAAUGAUUCUUCUUUGGAUUACAAUGAAGCUAAGGGAGUGUAUGAAAAGGUUGGAGAAGCUACAGAGACUGCACUCAGCUGCCUGGUUGAGAAGAUGAAUGUAUUUGACACAGAAUUAAAGGGGCUCUCCAGAAUUGAACGUGCAAAUGCUUGCAACUCGGUCAUAAAACAACUCAUGAAGAAAGAGUUCACUCUGGAAUUCUCAAGGGACAGAAAGUCCAUGUCUGUCUACUGUAUUCCAAACAAACCGAGCCGGACAUCCAUGAGCAAGAUGUUUGUUAAGGGUGCUCCUGAAGGUGUACUUGACAGGUGUACGCAUGUUCGUGUUGGAAGCACUAAAGUACUAUUAACUCCAGGAAUUAAGCAGAAGAUCAUGACUGUCAUUCGAGAAUGGGGUACUGGUAGAGACACAUUGCGUUGCUUGGCUCUAGCAACACAUGACAAUCCACCAAGAAGAGAAGAAAUGAACCUUGAGGACUCUGCAAACUUUAUUAAUUAUGAGACCAAUUUGACCUUUGUUGGCUGUGUGGGUAUGCUGGAUCCCCCGAGAACUGAAGUAGCCUCAUCCAUAAAGUUGUGUAGGAAAGCUGGUAUUCGUGUUAUUAUGAUUACUGGUGACAAUAAGGGCACAGCAGUAGCCAUUUGUCGUCGUAUUGGUAUCUUUGGAGAAGAUGAGGAUGUUUCUUCAAAAGCCUUUACUGGACGUGAGUUUGAUGAACUUUCCCCCGCUGUCCAGAGGGAUGCUUGCCUACAUGCUCGUUGCUUUGCCCGUGUAGAGCCUUCCCAUAAAUCUAAGAUUGUUGAGUUCCUCCAGUCUUUUGAUGAGAUCACGGCUAUGACUGGUGAUGGUGUAAAUGAUGCCCCUGCCCUGAAGAAAGCAGAAAUUGGGAUUGCUAUGGGGUCAGGUACUGCAGUAGCUAAAACUGCUUCUGAAAUGGUAUUGGCUGAUGACAACUUCUCAACCAUCGUAGCUGCUGUGGAAGAAGGGCGUGCAAUCUACAACAACAUGAAACAGUUUAUCCGUUAUCUCAUUUCUUCGAAUGUUGGAGAAGUUGUUUGUAUCUUCUUGACCGCUGCUCUGGGUUUCCCUGAAGCUUUAAUUCCCGUCCAGCUGUUAUGGGUAAAUCUUGUAACGGAUGGUCUCCCUGCCACUGCUCUGGGCUUUAAUCCUCCCGAUUUAGACAUCAUGGAUAAGCCGCCCCGUAAUCCUAAAGAGCCCCUGAUCAGCGGAUGGCUCUUCUUCCGUUACCUGGCUAUUGGAUGUUACGUUGGAGCUGCGACAGUGGGUGCUGCUGCGUGGUGGUUCAUUGCUGCUGAUGGUGGCCCAAGAGUUACCUAUUACCAGCUGAGUCAUUUCCUACAGUGCAAUGAGGACAACCCAGAAUUCACAGAUGUAGACUGUGUGGUCUUUGAGUCGCCAUACCCAAUGACAAUGGCACUUUCUGUUCUGGUCACCAUAGAGAUGUGUAAUGCUCUCAACAGUUUAUCAGAAAACCAGUCCUUAAUGAGAAUGCCUCCAUGGGAGAAUAUCUGGCUGCUGGGUUCUAUUUGCUUGUCCAUGUCACUCCAUUUUCUUAUCCUUUAUGUAGAACCAUUGCCGCUCAUCUUCCAAAUCACACCUCUGAAUGUGACACAGUGGCUGAUGGUGUUGAAAAUCUCAAUACCUGUAAUUCUGCUAGAUGAGACACUUAAGUUUGCGGCCCGUAACUACUUGGAACCUGCAUCGGUGGAGUAAUCACUUCCUAAACAAUUUUGCAGAAAUGUAAGGUUGUUUUGUUGCGUGCAUGUGUCUUAGCAACACAUCUGGCAAAACCUCUGCAUGUAUCAUGUAAAAAAACAAAAACCUGCUUUCCCUAAAACAAAACUCAUUGUGUGCUCUGUGGAGGAAAUGUGUGGUACCAUUAGGGCUUCAAUUAUACAAAUGUACAAAUGUGCAAUAUAGCUUAACGAAUCAGGAAAAAAUCUCCAGAGAAGUUUGGUUUCUUUGCUGCAUGGAAACGACUGUUUAUUCUUAAACAUUAGGCCAAAAUUAAGGAGCCGUCAGUCAAGUUUCCAUAUUUCUCUGUAUAAAAUGUAUAAUAGACUAAUGCAUGUCUUCAGUUGUAAGUAGCCAGAUCUUUCGGUAUUGUAUCAUCUAAACAUACUACUUUAUGAACAGCUAUGUACAAUACGCUAUGCUAUUUAUAAAUUCAGUACAAAACUACAGAUGUUGAAUGUUUAAACUGUAAGCCUCCGGUUCAUAACUUCAGAUUUUUUAUUUUUUGUGUGCAAAGAUACCUCUCUUGCACUAAUGUAACUUAUUUAAAUCUAAAGCAGUAGACAGAUGUUGGUGCAAUACAAGUGUUUGUGUGAUGCAUUUCUCUAAAAAACAAAAAAGUGUCAGUUAUAACAACUGCAUGUGACCUUUAGAAGUUGUUAAGAAGAUCAAUUGUCUAUUUCAAUGCUGACAAUAAUAAGCAUCACACCGAAUUUCAUUGUUUCAGGUAAAUAAAUUUAUUCUACAAUAUCUA